CUUUGGGCGACCUUUCCGCGCAACCUCCGCUCCCCCAUCCCCGCCGCAACCCCCAUUGACCGUUAGAACACUGGCCACGGUGCCAGUGUGCCGCAGCACGAUGGUUUCCUCCUUCUGUUGGAGCUGCCUUACCCGGCUUCCUCCCGCGCCUCGAGCCAUCCUCCCGCCGACAUUAACAGCACAGCGAGUAGCCGCAUUUCACACGUCAACCGCGCUUUUCUCGUCGCCGGUCAAGAAGAAGAAGGGCGAUGCCCCCGUGGCCAAGUUCCGCCAGGCUAAAUCCGCCAAGAUGAAGAAGAAGAAGCCUGUUGAGAGGACGCGUCCUCCUGCUGUCGGAGAACGCAAAGCACUCAAGAAACGCAUUGUUCUCAGCAACCCCAACGCCCUUGAGAUCGAGGGUAUGCAGGACCUCUCUGCGGAGAACAUGGUGGAUGCGCGCCUUCGCGGAUCGAUCCUCGGUCUUCCGGUGCCGAUGCUCGAUCAAUUGAGGGCAGUCCAGGCCUUCAAGCCCAAGCAAGGCUGGUCCAUAUUCCGUCGGCCGGGUACUGUGGUGAGACGGGAGACACUCGAGCUGGGAAGACUUAUCGAUGGCAUCUCCAGUGAGGGUGAGAACAAGGGAAAGGUCGUUAGAAAGAUCGUUACUGGUGUGAAGGGCUCCGGCAAGACUGUCCACCUGCUGCAGGCCAUGUCGAUGGCUUUCACCAAGAACUGGGUUGUUAUCACGGUUCCUGAAGCCCAGGAUCUCGUCAUUGCCAACACCGCCUACGCCCCGCUCUCCGAUGAGAACCCGAACGUCUAUGUCCAAAACGAUGCCACCGCCGCUCUCCUUUCUCGCACGGUCACCGCCAACCAGAAGGUUCUGUCCUCGUUGAGCGUCUCCCAGGCUCACCCUGCCCUCAAGUCGGCCGUCAAGCCCGGCAUGACUCUGGAGGCUCUUGCCAAGCUCGGUAUCCAGGACCCUGCCGCUGCCUGGAACGUCUUCCAGGCCUUGUGGACUGAACUCACUGCGACGGCCCCGGCUCCUGGUUUCGAGAAGACCUUCAAGCCUCGUCCUCCCGUCCUGGUUACCAUGGAUAACCUGGCUCACUGGAUGAAGGAGUCCAAGUACAACAGCAUCAACUGCACGCCCAUCCAUGCCCACGACCUCGUGUUUGUCCGGCACUUCCUCUCCCUACUGAAGCCGAAUGCCAACAAGCCCACUCUCCCCAACGGUGGUCUUAUCCUGUAUGCCACCUCCGCUUCCAACAGCCCUGCUGUCUACGGCCUUACCGUUGCUCUCAAACAACUGGCCGCUCGCCAGGCUGGCGUGAAUCCCUCCUCUCCGGAGUACCCCCAGCCUGAUCCGUACCUCAACGCGGACAAGCGUGUCCUGGCCGUUUUCGACGCCUCCAAGUCCACCGCCCCCAAGGAAGGCGCUCUCGAACUCCAGACUCUUAGCGGUAUCACCCGGGAAGAAGCCCGAGGCUUCAUGGAAUACUUUGCCCGCAGCGGUCUCCUUCGCGAAACCGUCACCGACGCAUGGGUUGGCGAGAAGUGGACUCUGGCUGGAGGCGGUGUGAUCGGAGAGCUCGAAAAGCUCGGAAGACGACUAAGAGUAAUUGCUUAGACAAUCCUCUUCUUCUUGUUCUUGUUCUUCUUCCUCCCCGUCAUGCUCUGUAGAGAUCAUCAUCUUGUCUUACGUCGUUGUCUUCCCCCUCUUCAAUGUUUCUUUUACUUCCCAUCCUGCUGUGCCAUUGGAUGGGUUCGAGAAUCUCUGUACUUUACCUUAUCUUUGGGCUUCUUGCGCGUGUCUGUAUGCAUAUAAUGGAAUUCGAAAUCUAUUUUUCCGGCUUCUCUUUUUGUAUAUCGCUGUUGGCCAUUCUUCGCGGCACUCAGGCUAGUAUAUUUCCAGUAAACUUCUACUAAGCGAGUAGUGCGUGCAUUGUUGAAAAGAACUUUAUCGAGGAUACA